UAAAAAUCAUUUAUAUAUGAUUAUUAAAUGAAAUAUGAUACACAGCAUCAGUUUGAUGUUCCGUACCUCUACGAUCAUGUGAUCACGUGGCAAAAGUAAACUGGACAAAAAGAAUAAAUAAUAGAAAAAAAACAGAAAUAAGAUAAAAAUAUAGGAAUCAAUGCUAUCUUCAAAGUGCUGCAAAUAAAAUUAAUAUAAAUAAGAUCAAUACAAUAAGAAUAUAAAUAAAAUAAGAAUUAAUCACCAUUAUUAUUUCUUAAAUGUCAAAGUUUUUUAUUUCAUCAAUUUAAGAAUUUUUAAAAUAUAUUCCUUUAAGAUAUAUUAUUAAAAAAAUGGCACAUUAUAAAGGAGCAGCUAGUGAAGCUGGCAGAGCCAUGCAGCUUAUGAAAAAAAGAGAAAUUGCUCAACAAGAGAUAGAAUUAAGGAAAAAGAAAAUUGAAGAUGACUUAAAAAUUCAUAAUAUAGAAAACAAAUUUGCAACACAUUAUAAUGCUGUUGAACAACAAUUAAAAACAUCUACUAUUGGUUUAGUUACUUUGAAUGAAAUGAAAGCAAAACAAGAAAAUAUAGUAAAAGAACGCGAAAGAAAAUUGGCUCAAAAAGAAAGAGAAAAGGAACAAGAAAAAGAAAGAGCACUUGCUGCAAAACAAGCAGAAAAAAAUAAACAAAAAAAGCAAAUACAAGCUUUGUCAUUUAAUUUAUAUGAAGACGAAGCAGAAUUUUUAGAAGGAGAAACAGAAAAAUCUGAAAUAUUAAAAGAUAAUGAUAUUGGACCAGUAAUAAAAAAAAUAAAAAAGAAUCCAGAUGUAGAUACAAGUUUUUUACCCGACAGAGAAAGAGAAGAGGAAGAAAACAGAUUAAGAGAAGAAUUAAGACAAGAAUGGGCUAGAAAACAAAAUGCAUUAAAAGAGGAAGAGAUUGAAAUUACUUUUAGUUAUUGGGAUGGUUCUGGCCAUAGAAGAAGUGUUAUUAUGAAAAAAGGUAAUUCUAUUUAUCAGCUUCUUCAGAGAUGUUUAGAAGUUUUAAGAAGAGAAUUCAGUGAACUUAAAACGAUUAUGGCUGAUCAGUUAAUGUAUGUUAAAGAAGAUCUUAUUUUGCCACAUCAUUAUACAUUUUAUGACUUCAUUGUAACAAAGGCAAGGGGAAAAAGUGGACCACUUUUUACAUUUGAUGUUCAUGAUGACAUUCGUGUUAUGCAUGAUGCCUCUGUUGAAACAGAAGAAUCUCAUGCUGGAAAAGUAUUGCUUAGAUCUUGGUAUGAAAGAAAUAAACAUAUAUUUCCUGCUAGUAGAUGGGAACCUUUUGAUCCAACAAAAAGUUAUGAUAAAUAUACAGUAUCAGAUAAAAAUAGAAAAAAAGAUAAAAUUUAAUGAAAAAUAGAUUGUAUAGAAAAUAAUUGUACAAAACCUAUUAAUACAUGUUGUGUUCAGUAAAGGAAAUUUAAAUUUUAGAACAAAUUUCAAUUUUGUUAAAUACUAUAUAUAUUCAAAAAAUAUUAAUAUAUAUU